AUGGCUGAGUCCGAAGGCUUGGACGACCUGGCGCGCUUGCGCCAAGAGCGCGCUGCGGCCUGGAGAGACGCAAUGGCAGCCGAAGCAGCGCCACAGCCAGAGACACGAGACAACACCGAAGAGUCCCUGCCAAAGAGCACGGCGACCACAGACGGCACACCAGAAGUGCGGCCGGCAGGCGAAACCGCAGUGCAGGGCGAGGGGCUGCCGUGCUGCCGGAUCUGUUUUGAGACUGCAGAGACUGCUGAGACGGGACGGCUCUUCAGCCCCUGCAAAUGUACAGGGAGUAUGCGGUUCGUUCAUGUAGCCUGCCUGAACAGCUGGCGGGCGGCCUCGUGCAACGACAAAUCCUACUACCGGUGUGACGCCUGCCACUACGAAUAUCGCCUGCAGCGCCUGUGGCUGGCGGAUAUGCUUCUCAAUCCAAGUUUUCAGAAGGCUCUUACAGUCUGCGUUUUCCUUGUAGGGGCCUUAGUUGGCGGCCUGGUCUGCUAUUUCCUGGCGCCGUGGUUAGUCGAUUGGGCGCUGGAUCAUCUGCGGCUUCCACCGUCUGCACGCUUCCUCUUCACCGAGGGGGAGACCCAGGGCAAUCCAGCCUGCUGGACCGGUGGCUACACAUACAGGCUUUGCUGCGGUCGAGGGCGUCCCGGAAAUCCCCAAUGCUGGGACGAUGUGCACAGCUUCGAAGGCUGCUGCGAGGGACCCCAUCAUCUUCUCCGCUGGCUGCAGGCCUUCUUGGUGCGACCGCUACGGGUCCUGCUCUGCGGAGGUGCGCCGCAGCAUGAUCUAACGCCCCUUAUCACACCUCUCGUCUAA